AUGUCCGACACACCAUCCGUGGGCGCUCCAAUCCAACUCCCCAUCCUGGACAUCUCCAACCCCGACGAUGUCGCAACGGGGCAAGCCAUGCUCGCCGCCGCCGCACGGUACGGCUUCCUCUACGUCGACAGCCAGGGCUCCGACUUUUCCACCGAGGAUGUGAAGAAGGCAUUUGAACUGUCCAAGCAAUUCUUCUUGUCUCCUGUGGAGGAAAAAGCAGCCUGUCCAAUUCAGACCAAUAACCGAGGCUGGUCCGGCAUGCAUGCAGAGACUUUGGACCCUGAGCAUCAGCGAACCGGAGAUUUCAAAGAAGCCAUGAACUUCGGCGAAUUUCAAAACGGCAAAGCCCAGCAACCACUCCCACAAUCCCUCUCCACGCACGAGGCCGAAAUCGCCCAUUUCGCAGACCUCUGCACGCGGACCUGCAACCGCAUUCUCAAGCUACUAGCUUUAGGGCUUGAGUGUUUACUAACAACCCAGAUCCCACCCGACUUCUUCACAACCCGCCACGACCCCCACCAAGGCCCCACAGGCUCCAUCCUCCGCUACCUAUACUACCCGUCCAUCUCGUCCCCCACAACAGCAUCCUACAAGCAUGACGUCGACGUCCGCGCCGGUGCGCACUCCGACUACGGCAGUAUCACGCUGCUGUUUCAACGGCCGGGACAGCCAGGUCUAGAAAUCCUCCCUCCGGCAGAAACAGAUCACAACAACAGCACCAACUGGGCGCCCGUCCCAGUCCAACCCAACCAACAAACCGAAUCCAAAUCCGAAUCUGAAUCCAAAGAAGAAGGGGAAUACGCAUUCCCCCCAAUCCUAGUCAACAUCGGCGACCUGCUCAGCUACUGGACCGACGGGCUCCUCAAAUCAACAGUGCACCGUGUCGUAUUCCCCCUCUCAGAGCAGCGCGCGCCGAGCCCGCAGGACAGGUACAGUAUAGUAUUCUUCUGCCAUCCACGGGAUACAACAGAGCUGGUACCUGUUCCCAGCGAAGUGGUGGCUUCUUAUCGGAGACAGCGACAGGGAGUUCAAGGAGGAGGGGACGAGAGGGUUGGGUUUGGGGGCGGAGCGGGGGCGCUUGAGCCUGGGAAGCGCGCGCUGACGGCCUAUGAGCAUCUUAUGUCACGGUUGGCUGCUACGUAUGGGGAGAGGAAGGAGGCGUAG